AUGGAAGACUCUUUAGGGGACUGGAUUGCCACAUUGGUUCAGCGAUGUCUAUCGUUUUAUCUGGAAGGGCCAGGCGACGCCGAUCUGGAAAUGGAGGAUGAUGGAAGUAACCUUCGUUUCACAAAUCCCAUCUCAAGAUCGGCUGUAAUCUAUCAGUACCUUAGUCCAAGGGAAGGGCGCGUACAAACCCUGAAGUUGAUCGACGAGAAUACCCAGAUUGAAGCCAUCCUUUCGAGUGACUCGCUAGAUGCUUACAAUCGAGAGUCACCAGAUCGCCCACUACAGAGUUAUAAUCCCACGCAGUAUCGCAUUAGACUGGAGGGUCAUGAGAUCGUCUUUGAGUAUUCAAUGUCCCAACCGAAAGUCCACCUCUACGUCAAGAAGUUUUCCAUAGAAUGGGAGAGGGGAAAGGUCACCCCCUUCCGGGCGAGAAAACAACUGAGGAAGCGUGGUCACAUCAAUAACCAAAUGAACAUGGUAUUUGGCAGAGUUAAACAGGCGCAGCGCAGGCUAGACACGGCAGAUUCAGCAGAUAGCUCCGAACGGUCCAUCAAGUCCCAAAACGACGAUCAUUCUAAGCAAAAAAGUCCUGAUGAGGAAGGCAUUGAGGCUGGCAUAUCCCAAGAAGGUUUCAUGUCCCAAGUACCGUCUGGUCAUCGCUUAGCUUCCUCGGGUCGCGUCUCAAACCGUCUUCUAAGCAACCUUGGACGACCUAGUGUUGCUGAGGAUGUGAUGAGUAAUGCACUAUCGGUUCCUGGACCUCCAGAGGAUGCAAAACUGGGUAGCAAGGAUAUGCCGUGGUUGCGCCUGACAGAGCGGGAAAUAACCGAGCUACGCGGUAAACUGAGGAAGACUGCGGAGUGGCAGCCCAGUGAGGACUUGAUAAAUUACGAACUUACUUUGCGUGGACGUGGAUCAGAGGCAUACAAGAAUGCCAAGGCACGAGCAGAGGCUGAAGGAGCGGAGUUUGUCGACUGUGAUGACAUCGAGAACAGUUCAACUGCAAGCGGACUCAACCCGAGCAAUGGUAAUAAUGAACCAAUCGAGCUUAAUAAGCUGAAAAAACCGAACCGUUCGAUGGAACGCCAACUCGACGUUGUUGUUAGAGAAGAAUAUACGCAGCGCAGUGCUUCCGCUAAUGGCCACCAAAUGGAAUUGCAAUGUGUUUCAUCUACCGAGAAGCCGGCCGGACAGUCAUCCAAAAACUAUUUCGAUAGACAAGAGACUGACCUACGCAAAACCCCAUCACAAUCAGCCUCGACUGGGGAAGAACAACCUCGUGAUAACCAUAUGGGUUCCACUGGAACCAAGAGUGACCCAAAGCCGGCUAGAAACAGGACAGCCCCAGCAACUUCUCGCGAAGUUGAAGUGCCUAUGAGUAGGGUAGUUGAGAUUCGAAGUGCAGAGACUAACAAAGGCCCCCGAGGGAGUAGAAGCAAUGCUGAACCAGAGUCGACAGCAGCCCGUCCCGAAGAACCAAUUAAGGAAAGCGUGGAAACAGGGAGCAUGGGAUCACAUCAAGCAGAGAAUGCCUCGAAUGAGUCAGAUGCAAAGGGUUCUGACGGACAGUCAAAUUCUGAAAGGCAAAAUCCUUGGGAAGGCCUGAAGAGACUUCGAAGUCGUGAUGUCAAGGUACCUAGGGAUCAGCAUAAAUUGCUAGAAGAUCAUCGUCAGUGGAUGCCUGCUUUGCUGGGAAAGUCUGACCCGCGAGGGCAUGUACCACCUGACCUACUGGCACAAUGGAAUCGAAUUGUAUUGCUAAGGAAUCUUCGCGCAAACGGAAGUGAACAAGGAUCGAAAAGCCCAAGGCCACCAGCACCCGAUAGCUGUGAUUCACCUUCCGGCGAUCCUGAUUCUGCACCCGAAACGGAUUCCGACGGGGGAACUCAAUAUUCUUGGUCUCCAAGCCCAGCCGAAAGUCGUCCUCGUAGCGAGCUUCCAGCAAACAAUCAACUUCCAGCGGACAGUCCUUUAUCUGAGAGGCGAAGAACCAAAAAGUCCAGUUCACCACGCCCAGGAGAAGACGUCGGAGCCGAAGAGAAGCUUCCUGAGGAUGUUGACUCAAGCAUCCAUUCCAAUAAUGAACAGGAUCGAUAUGCAAUAUCUGAACGCUCUGAAGCGCAUCGGGCGCACACACAGAACUCGAGGCAGGUUGAUGAGCCAGUAGACGCAAGUGCUCCGGAGCCAACGCCUGCGGCUCUGACUCAAAAUCAUGAGGGCGAUUCUGAUAAUGAAAGUGACGAGUCUGCUAUGGAUGCAGCAGUUCCAUGUCCACUAGGAGACAAUUUGCAGGCAGAAUUGCCGGUCGAACAAACAGACCAAGACCCUACUAGCUUGCGCCAAUGGCUCCCCCAACGAGACAGAUAUGAACAUGUUCAAGCUGUGGAUACGCCUGCUGCAAAUCUAACCCACCGACUUUCUGAAAAGCCAGCCAAGGAAAAUACCGCUAAUAACCAGCAAGAGUCCUCCCAAGCCGCAAUAUCGUCAUCACAGUCACGGAUUUUCAACACAUAUGCCAGUCAUGGUACAUCCAUGUGCAGUUCUCAAGAACCGCAUUUCUCGCCUCAGAUGAACGGGGACAAUGAAUCUACUGGGAUUGACAUCAUGGGAACGCAAAUGAGCGGUGAAAUCUGUCCAACACAAUCGACUUCUAAUUCACACUCCGGUUUUGUCCCCAAUUCUUCGGGCCCAGAACGCAGAGAAGCAAGUAUACUCGUCGGGACACAAACGGAGGGAAAUUCAGAGUUGCGGACCGAAGCUCGUAUGUCCGAGGAUAACGACCGACAAGUCGCUGAGAGCUGGGCGGAGUUGGAGAAGAUAGUUGGCAGCGAGGCACUGGAGGUUUUGAAAAUGGGGGGGCAAAGCUACCCGUAUACAGUCCAACUGCGCAAAACCUUCGAAGAUGACCUGAACGAAGGUAUUCGUAAAUUGACGCAGGCGGUUGUAACGAGGCUUCGGAGUGUACGAUCAGAUGUGCCAGCAUUUCUUGGAAUUCGAUCCAAUGAUGCUUGGGAGGCGGAGAAGAUGUCAGGAGAAGAAAUACCGGACAGCGAGCUUGCGGAACUGGGUUUGGUGCGAGGUCCCGGCGGCCUGCCAGUGCGGAAGCGGGAUGUUGAGGAAAAUGACCAGGAGGUGGAUGCGAUACUGAGAAAUGAUGAGGACCACGACGUCGAAAAUGUGGUGGAUGAUACACAUGACGGAGAACUGCAGACUACUGAGCUCGAUGAGCGAAAGGUACCCCCGACAGCUAUGUUCCCAUCAGACGACGAAAACCUUGGUCCCACUGUCCUAAGUUCAGCAUGGGACUCGUCUAUGGGUGGCACGAGGGAAGACGUCAAAGUGCCCAAUCUCAAGCGCCUUGCGUCUGUCUUUGAGACAGAGGAAGCUUCCCCAUCGAAGCGGCAGAGGACGGAGCCUAUCGGGGGACAGAACGCAGAAAGCAUCAGAAGAAGACAGAAUAAACGCCCGACAUCCAACAUUAUGAGCCGUCGAGAAAGCUACAUCAACAGCACAGCAGACCGGGCUGAAGCAAUGCGAGCUUAUGAGAAGUUCCGGUCCGACUACCCGAUCUACUCAGGGGAGUUCUCGCAUUUCAUCGAACUGUGCUCGAAACUGCAAUCCCUUCGGGAUAGAGGCCAUCUGAAACGGUCUUUUCUGUGGGAUGAUUUUAUUAUUAUGCACCUGGAUCAAUACCCCAGUUAUCUGCAAUUAUGUCAAGAAAUGGAUUCCAAAUCUAUGGACUACGAGGAAUACUUCUCAGUGCAUUUCUCCAUACCAACCUACAAGAAGCGAAGUCUCACUGCCAAUGGAAUUGAGGUAUCCGCAGCUCACUGCCUGACUACGAGUCAGCCAAGCGUGGCAGCCAGUUCAUCUAUUUCUCGUGGCGAAACAAACGGCACUAUUACGACCAGUUUCGUGAACAAGCUGUCGGAAUUCCAUGUGGAUUCUUCUUUCGGGCCCGAGACCCAAAAUGAUCAUAUUGAUAUUGAAAGUGAUCGUUUAUCAGCUACUGCAUCAUUACCGCCAACUCCCCUUAAAAGACCACAGCGCAAUGCGCAUACCCUUGCACGGAGUUUAGUCAAUGGUAAUAAGCCGCAAUUGAGCCAGCAAAGCUCCCACCGGCCCUCCCGCCAGCCCUCCCGUCAACCUUCUCUCCAACCCACCAUUGAUAGGGCCGAUAAUUCCCAAACCGCUGAUGUUGCUGAGCCUUGCGCUCCAGAGACGACAGUCGAUGAAUCUGUUGCCGAAGAUUAUGACUCCACGCUGGACGAAAUGGAAGCCAGGAGACAGCUGCUGAUGGAGAACGCCCAAGCGCUAUCUGCUGAACAGACCAUUACUGAUGUGGUCAUGACUGAGGGCAAUACAGAAGAGCCUGCUGCAGGUAGACCCCCAGAGAUAGAAUCGACUCCUGAGCCCCCGGGUCCUGUUGUCAUGACUACCGAACACGAGGUUGAGCCUAGUAUACCAGAAAGCGAUCAUGAGGAUGAUAUCCCCGACGAACAACCUGAGAUAUACGAUGACAUAGAAGAAACGCACUCCACCGCUAGCAUUGAGUUGGGUGACGAACCGUCGACAAUUUCCCAGGAGCCACGCUCAGAUACACGAGAGGCUGAGGCAUCCGAAAAAGUGGAUGUCAACGAGGGCUGGUUCGCUUCUCUUCGGCACAUUCGCCCACCGACAGGUCCCGUCUGGUCCGAUGAUCCCAACACUCCAUUCAAGCUGUGGGCGCGAGCGGACCAGAACGUCAAAAUCGAGGUGUCGCGCCGUGGCGGCAGAUAUCGUGAUGUGGACAAUAAAGGCGUCAUCCAGCCAUCUACUACGCUUCGUUCAGUUCCCUAA